AUGUCACUAGUAAUCAUUUCUGUACUCACAUCUGAAGGGGACCUCUCAAGGCUGUAUGCUCAGAAGCACACGGAUCGAUUCAGCACCCGCAAUUCAGUUUCAUACCUAACUGUGCGUACAAAGGAGCCUGGGCGUGCUGCCCAAGAAGUCAAUUUAGAGAAGUGUAGGAGGGCGUAUUGUCAAUCUGUCUCUAUCUGCUACUUUUAUCCUCAUCUCUCCAAGAUUAUAUAA